AUGGCUGCCAAGGAGUUUAAGUCCAUCGACAAGUUCAGCCUGGCUUUAGCCAUCACAGGAGGCAUGGUGAACUCUGCCUUGUAUAAUGUGGAUGCAGGACACAGAGCUGUCAUCUUUGACUGGUUCCAUGUAGUCCAGGACAUUGUGGUAGGGGAAACGACUCACUUUCUCAUCCCUUGGGUACAAAAACCAAUUAUCUUUGACUGCUGCUCUCGACCACGUAAUGUGCCUGUAAUCACCAGUAGCAAAGAUUUACAGAAUGUCAAUAUCACACUGCACAUCCUCUUCCAUCCAGUUGCUAGCCAGCUGCCAUACAUCUACACCAGCAACAGAGAGGAUUACAAUGAGCGUGUGUUGCCGUCCAUCAUGACAGAGAUCCUCAGGUCAGUGGUGGCUCACUUUGAUGCUGGAGAACUAAUCACCCAGAGAGAGCUGGUCUCCAGACAGGUGAGCGAUGACCUCACAGAGCAAGCAGCCACCUCUGGGCUCAUUCUGGAUGACACAUCUGAUCUUUGGGGAGAAGCCAAACAGGUGGCUCAGCAGGAAGCAGAGAGGGCCAGAUUUGUGGUGGAAAAGGCUGAUAAGGCAGCCAUCAUCUCUGUCAAGGGUGACUCCAAGGCAGCCAAGCUGACCGCCAACUUACUCGCCACCACAGGUGACAGCCUGAUUGAUCUGGGCAAGCUGGAAGCUACUGAGGAUGUUGCAUAUUGGCUCUUUCACUCUUGGAACAUCACCUACCUGCCGCAUGGGCAGUCAGUGCUCCUCCACCUACCCCAGUGA